ACUUAUGACUAUUACGUUCACGUUGACAACAAACAACGCGCAUAUUUGAACAGAAAAACAUGACGAAGUUUUAUAAUUGUUAUGAGCGAUUUAAAGUAUAAUGUGUUAGCAGAAGAACUUCCAACCGGAGCAGAAAACCACGAAGCUGACAAUGUUGCUAACUCCUCGAUAAGUAGACUAUUGUAUACUAUUAUUUUUGCGUUAGGGCGAGGUAUUGGAAUAAUCACACACUUCUGCUUCAAUCUACUAGGGAUGAGACGAUGUAUUUUUGCAUGUUGUUCUAUAACUCCGCAUUCACCUGAUUCUGAAGGAAGCGAUAAAGAAUCAAAACAAGAAGAAGACACCGAUAUUGAAGUAGCGAACAACAUGCAACGAGCACUUCUGAGGAAUAGUAGUCUUCGCACAAAUAAACAGACACUACAGCCGCCCGCCGAAGCAGCUAAUGCGUGUCUUAAAAAAUGCGAGGGGUUUCGUAUGGCCGCUUCAGAUGAUGGAGAAUCCUCCCCAAAGAAACCGCGGCUCCGAAAUGAUGACGGGGCUGGCGAUUCACCAUCCGUGCUAAGCCUCGAAGACGUUGAGGGUUGUAUGCAUUACAGAACGGAGGAGAUUCACGGAAAACCCGGUAGUCCAAACAUGAAUCGAGCAGAUCGGAAGAACAAGUGCAAAACUGAACUUAAAUAUACAGAUACCAAAGAGCCUAUAUUUCAAGAAGAGAUACGUUCGACCACAGUAGAGGAAAUAAUCAAUACUUUGGAAAAGUGGAAAUUGCACGAUGUACAAACCAACGAACUGAUGACAAGUAAUUCCGCCUCGAAACCAGAAAUGGGUCCAAAAGAUGCACGAACAUUAACGAAAGAAGAAACAAAAAACCUUAACAAAAGUCUGGACGAUCAAGAAAAAUAUAAGGACACAAACCCCUUUAAACAACGGCCAAAAUCAAGAACCCCAGAUGCUUCAGAUCAGUUGCGAGACCCGUUAACGAAUGUACAAACGAAUAAAUCAGAAAAGUCUGAAUUCAAGUCUCUUGAAGAAAGGAAUAUAGAUUUAGCGCGGAAAGUGCCUAAUAUAGGAGACAGCGAGUUUGAUUAUGAGUUAGGCGGCUUUGUGGGUUCAGAUUUGACCGACGACGCAUUCGAGAAAGACUGGAAAAUAGAUAAGAAAGUGGAGACUGACCAGAUGUUCGAAUACAUGGAGAUGGCGCCGCCGUCUGCCGUGCUAACGAAAUGCCGUAAGUUCAUACGACACUAUCAACAGCGCGUCUCCCCGCCGGACGGCCGAAUCAUUGUCAUCUUCUUAAAGAAAUUGAACCUUUUUGUGCUUGUCAAACGCCAAACGAACGCGUUGUUGGGAGCGAGCGAAACGGAAGCGCUCGCGAUGGAUAAACUGUUCAUAUUAAAGAACAAGCUCUAUAACGAAAUAUAUCUCAUCCAUCGAGCCCGUUACGGAAGCUUCAAGCAGUUCAUGGACACCAAGGAACAACAGAUGUUCCACGAGUUCAGGACCGCCUUCUUCGACUACCGGAAGAGGAAAACAGCGCGCAUGAUGGAAGAAUCCGUGAAAAAUGGCGGUCACCACGUGGAUAGUAGAAGGGUGACUCUCCAAAAAGAGAACAUGUUUGUUCACACGGAACACACCAUUCUGAUGCCAAAAGUUUCAAAAGCGGAACUCGAUCUAAGAAAUUCGGAAGUGCCUCUUGCGUGCAACAACCAGAAACAGACUGAUGAACUUCCGGCAGACGAAAGUUAUGUUAAGGAACUUUUGCACGGAGUCGAAAGCGAUCCGACGACGGAAGAUCAGUCUGCUACACAGGAGCAAACCCCAAAGAAGAAAGAAUCCGGGCGAGAACGGAGAAAACGACGUAAGGCAAAGAAAAUAUAUAAUUUAUUACAAGAAAAUAUGGCGGAAGCAGAAAGCACACUCGGGAAACCCAAUGACUCACAGGAAAACAUACUUCCGGUUCGGGAAAAUUUCUUUAAAGGGAAAGAUCCGGCGACCGGAAACGCAGUACCGGAUGUCAUCCCGACGAAUAGCAGACGAAUAAACUUUGAGGCGUUCCAACAUGACCAGGCCACGUGCAAAAUAUGCAACACUAACCGACAAAUCGGCAUCGGGCGCUUCAACGAUUUUCUGGCGCGCGGCCUCAUUGCCCAGGAGAUCUUGGGCAUGCUUCGCGGCGGGAUACCGGUCUCCCACCCAAUACCGGAAAAGGAGGUUCUGCAGCGCGCGUUCGGCCAUCAUCAGAUCUCGCAGGUCGACAUUCUCCGCAUUGUGGUCGACGGUGAUAUGGACGGCGUGCAGCCGCCAAACGCUCGAACGACGGGGACUUCCUGUACUGUCACUGUGAUCGGUAAUGGGAUGUCGUCCGAUAUCGAGAGCGACCGAAACAGCAGCGGUGAUGAAGAUAACCAAAAGAAAGCUGAGAAGGCAUCAAGAUUGUUGGAUUGCUUUGGCACACCAAUCGUUAAGCCGACCGACCCUAACCGCAGACGGUGGAGGAGCGCGGCAAGGUCUCAACUUCCGGAUCCUCUGACUUCACUUCCGGUCCAAAGUGCAGAUGACUCCACUAUUGACAGUUGUUUUACCAACCCCUUGUUACCACCGGCUGACGUCGACGAGGUGGAGAACACUAAUAAUCGCCGACGACGACGGUUGCGUACGCGGACUAAGAGUUUUCCCGAUCCGCGACGGCUUGAUUCAUUACCGGAAGUGGAUGCGUCCAAAUCGGAGGUUCCGUAUCACUUCAUUCCCGACGGAGCUGUCUUCGACUACACGCGAUUGGAAGUGGAACCAAGCCAUGGCGACCGACCGAACAAGAAGAAACUAGAAGAGUGCGUGAGGGAAAAAGUUAAAACCAAAGGGGAGCCGAAUAAGCACUUGCAAAAGCAGACGACAUCGAAAUACGGCUAUGGAUACGAGGCGGACUCAGCAGAUAGCUUACGGAGCAGCACUGGUGGCGACGGGGAUAUAAAAGACGAAACCGAGUGUGAACUCAUUCUGGAGCUCCCGGAAGUCGUGAAAGACGAGCCGCCGCCAUUGCUUGCGACCGCAAUGCCGCAGACGAUCGACGAUCGAGAAUACAACAUGGUUCCGGAAGUGAUCAUUCGGAAAGAUGAGGACACGCGGCUCAAAGACGUAGAGGACAAAUACACGCUUUCAACGACCCCAAAGAAAGACAAACAAAAGAAAAGAAGGGAAAGGAAAUCAAAGGGAAAAACUGUAACACUCGACUUUUUCUAGAUAUCUUUUUAAAUUCAAAUAUUUGGUGUGAUUUGUAGAACGUGAGUCCGAUAUAGUUUCCUAAGCGUCGUCAAAUGUUCGAAAAUGAGUUGAAGUAUGUUGUAAUUGAUUUGUUAAUAAAAACAUUUUAUGAUUUG